GCCCUCUGGGCUCGGCUCUCUUUCCAGCCGCGGAGCCGCGAGUGUGUCGGCCGGGCGGCGGCGGCGGCGGCGGCGCGGAGGGCCGGGAAAGCCCAGCGCCUGGUCCGGAAGGGGCAGCAGCGAUGAAACAGACUGCGGCGGGGACGCUGGAGGGAGACGGCGGCGGCACCGCCGCCUCCUCGGCGAAAUAUAUAUUGGGAAUAGACGUGGGCAGCACGGUGAUCCGGUGCCACGUCUUCGACAAGGGGGCUGCGCUGAAGGGAUCGAGUAGCAAGCAGGUAGAAGUCCUUCACCCUCAGCCAGGUUGGGCUGAACUAGAUCCCGAAAAUCUGUGGACCCAGUUUGUUGAGGUAGUGAAAGAAGCAGUUGAAGUUGCAGGAAUUCAGAUGAAUCAAAUUUCUGCUCUUGGACUUUCAACACAACGAUCAACUUUCAUUACAUGGAACAAGAAAACCGGAAAACCUUUCCAUAACUUCAUCAGUUGGCAAGAUGUGAGAGCUGGUGAACUUACAAAAUCUUGGAACAGAUCUCUUUUAAUGAAGGCAGUGCGUGGCCUUUCUUCGCUGCUCCACUUUUUCACUCGGAUUGACCUGUUUUUGUUAGUAAGUCAUCUGACAUUUACAACACAGCACAUCUCUUUAAGACUGGCUUGGGUUUUGCAACAUAUAAGUGAGGUAGAGCAAGCUAUUAGAGAUGAUAAUUGUUGUUUUGGAACAGUUGACACGUGGCUUCUAUAUAAACUCACCAAAGGUACAGUGUAUGCUACAGAUUAUUCGAAUGCAAGUUCUACUGGAUGUUUUGAUCCCUUUAAGCUGCAGUGGAGUGUGUUCCUUUGCAAGUUACUUUCCAUUCCGAUAUCAGUUUUCCCACCAAUAGAAGACACAAGUCACAACUACGGAUCAGUUGAUGCUGAAAUAUUUGGUGUGUCUAUUGCAAUAACAGCUUUGGUUGCAGAUCAGCAGGCAGCCAUGUUUGGUCAGUGUUGUUUUGAUGCAGGGGAUCUUAAAGUCACCAUGGGGACUGGUUCAUUUUGGGAUAUUAAUACUGGGCCCAAAGUUCAUGUAUCUAGAAAAGGUGUAUAUCCAUUGAUUGGUUGGAAGAUUGGGAAAGAAUUGACCUACUUAGCCGAAGGCAAUGCUUCUGAUACUGGAAAUGCUAUAAAAUGGGCUCAAAGCUUAGGUCUUUUUACUACUGUGGAUGAGACAUCAGAAAUGGCCCACAGCUUAAUAAAUUCAGGAGGUGUUUGUUUUGUCCCAUCUUUUAGUGGGUUGCAGAUUCCAGUGAAUGACCCUUAUGCGUGUACAUCUUUUAUGGGGAUUACACCUUCCACCACCAAAAAACAUCUUGUUCGAGCUAUGUUGGAAUCUAUAGCUUUUAGAAACAAACAGCUCUAUGACACCAUCACGAAAGAUGUGGGCAUAUCACCAACUUCCAUUCGAGCUGAUGGAGGUGUCAGUAAAAAUAAUUUUGUGAUACAGAUGACUUCUGAUUUAAUUAAUAAAAUGAUAAGCAAACCUGUACAUACAGAUAUGUCUUGUCUUGGAGCAGCUUUUCUAGCAGGCCUUGCUAUAGGAUUCUGGCAUGACAAGGAACAACUAAAGAAGCUGAUGAAAACAGAGAGGGUUUUUAGGCCGCAGAAGGAGUCAAAGGAAUAUGAGCCUGCCAUAAGUAACUGGAUAAAAGCUGUUCAGCGUUCUCUCUCUUGGUACAGCCAGACUUCACAGUAAUGUGAUUGAUGCAGACUUUAGAUUGGAUUUAUAGACUAGUGUAACCUACAGCUCUGGUUCUGCUUUAGAGUUAAUUGUACUUAGCAGUUCCAGUAAGGUUACUCUAAAUACACCAGUCAUUCUUUAGUCACAGUGGAACUAAAGAAACCAUUAGGCAGCAGUAAAGAAAUUGAAUGCUGGCGUUCUGUAAGGCCUUAAGGCAGGGGUGGACAACAUAUGAUCUAUGGGCAGCAUGUGGCCCCAGGGAUGCAAAUGUGGUCCCCUGGCACCUCCACACACCCCAGUUUUCUAAAAUGGGGGUCAGAAAAUAUCCUUGUGCCUUCUAGAGGGCCUCAUCUGGGAGUUCUGAAGGGAACUCAGGACCUAUGAGGCUCCUGAUCCCCACAUUUAGAAAAACUUUUUAAAAACAUUUCUUCACUAGAAGGUGUCAAGGUUUCCUUUUUGGUUAAGAAAAACAAUGUUUAUGAGGAAACAUUAUGGGAGAGUGCCACAUAACUGGAUCCCCUCUUCAGUGUAAGUAUGUGGGGCCCUAGACUUCUGGAGAUCACCCACCCACUUCCUUAGGUAUGAUUUCCUGGAUGGCCAAACUACAUAUGUUCUCAGAAAUGUGGAAAUGUAGUAACUCCAUCUUUUUAAAAAAUUAAAUUAAAAUACCAUCCACAGUAAUGGUGAAAAAAAUCUAUGUCUUGGUGUUUGAAGAAAAAGGAGAUGGGAAUACAUCUAGUUAGGCCACAGCUUGGAAACAUUAAAUCAUUAACCAAAAUUAUUUUGCUAAUAUUAAUCCAUUGCACAAAAAUUGUGGAUCAGUUCAUUAUAUCAGUCAGUAUUAAUCUGUUAUUAACCAUGUUUUCAGUUUUUAAAAAUCAGUGUAAAUGACUAAAGAUAGCCAAAAGUGGCCAUAAUUACAUUCCUCAAACAAAUUAAAGUAACACUAAAUUUUAAUAAUUAUUCAGACAAUCAGUUGGUACAUUUUUAGGAUUAAAAUAAUGACUCUAAUGUAUCACAGUUGCUCUAAGGUUCAAUAACUGUUUUGCCACAAUUGUUGAAUUAUGGGCAAUGGAUUAAUUUUAAGAAAUUAUCUUCAAACUCUGAGAUUGCCCUAAAAUGUGAGAAUGUCUUAUCAGAAUGAAAAAAGGUAAGAAAAAAAUAUCUUCUGUCAGUUUUCGGAUUAUAUCUAUUGUGUCAUGAUCUCCAUUUGACUUAGCCACGUAACCCUGAUUCAAAGAUGUGUGGCAAUGGGAGAUUUGGAACAAACAGAAGGCUUUUCUACUCCUAGAAAUACCGUUAUGGCAGCAGAAAUGUCCUUGUGUCAGCUGAAAUUUUUCUGACUGUUGAGAUUUACCAGCAGUGGGAUUUGCAGCACAGCCAGAUAACUGGAGAAGAGGCAGGGAAAAGGCAUGGGUGAAUUAUAAUAGAUCAAAAUCUUCCCAAGUCCACACAGCUAGUGUGCCAGCACAAAUUUGGGACAAGAUGAAGGUAGUCCAAAGUCAGUUUUUAGUUUUCAGGUGACCUAGUGUCAGCUCAACUAGUCCUUUGUCAUCUUAGAUAAUUAAAAUUAUGCUCCGAAGCAGAAACAUGGAAUAUUGCUUGCCAACUGAGCAUUAUUUCACACAUGGUACUGUAUUGCUAAAACCAUGUACUGGGUUUGGCCUCCCUUUGCAAUAAUUAGCUUCACUUUUUUUAUCUGUCAGUCCUGGUUACUAUAGGAAGCAUUCUUAAUUUAUGCUGUUGGAAUCAGUCGCCCAUACCCACUAUUGUGGGCACAGCUGUGACCUUCCCAAUGUUGCUAGAUGCCUGUUGGUUACAGAUGAUGGGGAUUGUAAUCCAGCAUAAGGAGGCUAUAAAUUCUCCAACCAUAGUCUAAGAGGUAGGAGAUGUUCUAAGAAACUCAGUGAUUACCAAGUGUGAAGUACCAUUAGUAUCACAGAACUCCGUGAAUCAUUUCUUUUUUAAGCUGCAAAUGAAGAGAGAAUCUAAUAGAUUUUUAGUUGGUUGUUGAAGGUUUUUCAGGUUGUUUGGCCGUGUUCUGGAGGUUUUUCUUCCUAACGUUUUGCCAGUCUCUGUGGUCAGCAUCUUCAGAGGAUAGGAGUUAGAACUCUGUGUUCUCUGUCUGCCUUUGAGAAUAGAUGCUUUCAAAUUCUGAGCUGGCUGAGAUUCUCUUUUGCUUAUUAACAAAACCUAGACUUUUUCCACAUGAUCAUCACUUUUUGUGGUUAUGCGCAUCUAAUACAGUGGUGCCUCACAAGACGAAUGCCUCGUGGGACGAAAAACCCGCAAGACAAUUGGUUUUUGUGAUAA